AAUUGCUAGAAGAUCGCAAGCAAAGGCAUCGAUGGUCGGUUUAUCCACUCGAAGGCACAGUCUGCCUUUCUGAACCCCACCGCAGGCCACCCAAUCUGCGUCUGUGUCUUCCUUCCGAUUCAGCCGCACCCUCUCGGUUGCAAGUUUUCAGCUUCAAGAUCGAUUCCGAAACCAGGUCUUAAGAGCUUGAUCUAGUAUUUUCUUUUCCUGGGUUUCUAUUAGACAGAAGGAUGUCGGUGACGGCUGGUGUUAGUGAUACCAUAAUUGCUAUUAGGGAUAAGCUCAGAGGUAAAAUUGGUCAGACGAAGGUAAAGAGGUAUUGGCCUGGUAAAGCGCCGGAGUGGGCAGAUGAUGCUGAUGAAGAUGGAGAUAUUAGGAUGGCAAGGGCUGCUGCCUUGGAAAAAGCUUUCCCUACCCAAGAAGACUCGGAUGUUGUUAGGAAAGAUGACCCUAGGCUGCGUCGUUUGGCUGAGAGCAGGAUAGAUAAUCGUGAAGAAAUUAGGGCUGAUCAUCGGAAGAUUCGGCAGGCUGAGAUUGUCUCCACGGAAGAAGAGGAGAGUAGGAGGCAGGAAUGGUUGGAUGCAGAGGAAGAAGAUGAGGAUGCUUUGGAGGAAAAGAGGAGAAGGAUUAGGGAGAGAAUGCUUCAGAGGCAGCAAGAGGAAGAUGUACUACUUCCAGAAGAAGAGGAGGAGGAAGUUGAGGAAGAAGAGGAAGAGGAAUCUGAGUAUGAGACUGAUUCAGAAGAAGAGCAUAUAGGUAUUGCGAUGGUCAAGCCAGUAUUUGUACCGAAGACUGAAAGAGAUACUGUUGCUGAGCGUGAGCGUCUUGAGGCUGAAGAACGGGCCCUGGAGGAGGCUGAGAAGAGGAAAUUGGAACAUAGGAAGGUGGAGACAAAGCAGUUGGUGGUUGAGAAGAUCCGAGAGGAUGAGGAAAUUCGGAAGAACAUGGAAUUAGAGGCAAAUAUUGCUGAUGUAGACACUGAUGAUGAAGUUAAUGAGGCGGAGGAGUAUGAAGCUUGGAAGGCUAGAGAAAUUGCUAGGAUCAAAAGGGACCGGGAGGAAAGAGAGGCAAUGUUGAAGGAGAAGGAAGAGAUUGAGAGGGUGAGGAACAUGACUGAGGAGGAGAGGAGAGAAUGGGAGAGAAAGAAUCCCAAACCUGCUGCACCAAACAAACAAAAGUGGAAGUUUAUGCAGAAAUAUUAUCACAAAGGUGCUUUCUUCCAGGCAGAAGCUGAUGAUCCUGCUGCAACUUCUGGAACGGAUGGUAUUUUUACCCGUGAUUUCUCUGCUCCAACUGGAGAAGAUAGGAUGGAUAAGACUAUAUUGCCUAAGGUCAUGCAGGUCAAACACUUUGGUCGUAGUGGGAGAACCAAAUGGACCCAUCUUGUCAAUGAAGAUACAACUGAUUGGAACAAUCCGUGGACCUACAAUGAUCCUCUUCGAGCUAAGUACAAUGCAAAAAUGGCAGCGGUGAAUGCACCCAUGGCAAAACCUAAAGGAAGCAAGAAGUUAAAGGAUUGGGAAUCAAAAUGAAAUUAUUUACUAACCUGUUUAGGCACAUUCUGAUGCUUAUAUCUGCUCUUGAAUGAAUAGAUUUGUGAUAAUUGUACUUGUUGGAGAUUUUGAAUGGCCUGCAUGUGCAUUGAUAUUUAGAACAAAAUUGGUACCCGGGGAAUCAUGCAAUUGAUCUUCAAAAUGAUAAUGAUGAUGAUGAUUAGGCCUUGGUAUUCUCUCAAGAUCAAUUUGCAUUUGUUUGCAUUGAACCAGUGUGAAUUUGGGAUGGUGAGUUUUUUGGCUUAUAUAUUUACCCUGUUCAAGUGAAAAAGGUCUUCUGCUAAUAUUUAAAGUUUGGGGAUUUUUUUUUUUAUCUUGCGCUUUUUAUAAUAGUGUAAUAAAUGUAUAUU